UAGAUUACAUAGGAAACCAAAACAUUUGUUGUAUUCAACGAGGUAUUUGUGCAAGAGUUCAGUUUAGUAACGAGUCAAACUAUAAACAAACAGAAACCGGAAGUAUGGUUCUGACUAGACGCGCGAUCUCGUCACCGCACGUGCGUCCGAUGAAACGGUCUAUAGGCCUCGCUGAAUGUACAAAUAAUCAUCAGUUUCUUCAGAGAGUAUCAGAACCUGCAUACACUCGCCAUUUAAAAUGCAGAAAUGCAGAAAAAAACAUGUUGCUUACCUUCUUUUGAGUAAUGCAGUUGUUUUUCCCUCCAUUCCGUCUGCCUGCAGCUCCAUACGUUAACUAACGCGCGCCUUUACCUCGUUGAUUCAGCAUCGCCCCUCCACUGUAAAUUAACCAAUGACGAUGCAGCAUUUGUGACUGACGGCGCUCUCUUCUAAUGCUGACGUUGGGGCUGCAUCAUCUACAAGGUUCAAGGUUCACAGUGUUUUUGCGCCAACUGAAGCUCAAAAAAGAAAACCAAGAUGGCGGUGCAGCAUCUAUAAGCGGUUAUUUUCCCGGCAGCCCCCGACACCAGUUAAUAUUGCUCUUCCAUAGAUGUUACUGAUACAUUUGAUAGUAGCGGUUGGAGCUCCAAAUAUAAAAAAAAAUGGCGCAGAAGUACAACUCACGGUGGAGGAGAAAGGUGAAGAGCCAGCAAAAUACUUGCAAAAGAUACAGAAGAAAGGACACACAAGGACAGGAAAAUAGAGAAGCAACAAACUUGAGGUCAAAUGAUUGCAGCACUGAGCAAGUGACCAGAUCUGCUAAUUUGGAAGACUCUUCAAACACAAAUGUGUUUAACAUCCAUUAUGCCAACCAUUCAUCCCAUUGCUAUGGACACACAAGUGAGAUGCAUCACUCUGGUCUUAAUGUUGAAUCAGAGCCCGAACAGCCUAUUUACAUGGAUACAUUUCCUGAGCACCUACCUGAAUUUGUUGAAGAAGGAACUUUAGAUGACAAUGCGUUAUUUGAUGAAGACUUUUCAAUUGAUGAUGACCUAUCAUUUGAAGACAGUUUUGAGCUUAACCAAGAGGAGGGGACAGAACUCGAAAGCUCUACAAACACUGAUCAUCCACUGUACAGAAAUGCACCAAUUUCUGUUGCAGAGAGUCUUCUCCUAAUAAUGACUUUUGCAAACAGACACAAAAUAACAGGAAAAGCUCUCAGUGAUUUGCUUACAUUAAUAUCUCUGCACUGCCCCUCUGAUACACAGACUGAGUGUCUUAAAAAUUUACACAAAUUUAAACAGUUUUUUGAUGAUCCCUCCUCUCUGCUUUUGCACAAAUAUUGUAGCUCAUGCUUCAUGAUUGUUGAGAGUACAGACACCCAGUGUAAAACCUGUGAAGCCAAUGUGUUGAUGGAGGGGUCAACCUCCUAUUUCAUUGAGGUUCCCAUUGAAGCACAACUGAAGAGAUUGUUUGCUCAGGAAGGUUUUGAAGAAAAACUUAAGUUCAGGUUUAAUAGACAUAAAAAGUGUCAUGACAGUAUUGAAGAAAUAUAUGAUGGAGAAACCUAUCAGAAAUUUACUACUUGCAAUGGGCCUCUCAGUGAUUCCAGAAACAUUUCGCUAAUGUGGAACACAGACGGCAUACCUAUUUUUAAGUCAUCAAAGUUUUCUGUUUGGCCUUUUUAUUGUGUCAUAAACGAGUUAAAUUUUGUUGAACGCACGAAACGAGAAAACAUGAUAUUUGCAGGUGUUUGGUUUGGGGAUUCAAAGCCAUCAAUGUUGACAUUCCUUGAACCACUGUGUGGCACUCUAAACAAAAUUGAAACGGAAGGAAUUUCUCUUCAGUUUGCAGGAGCUCAAGAACCUUUCAUAUGCAAAGCCUUUACCAUUGCAGGAACCUGCGAUUUGCCUGCAAAAGCUUUGGUACUUAAUACUGUUCAAUUCAAUGGACAUUUUGGGUGUCUAAAGUGUGAACAGCCAGGUCAAACAGUGAAGACUGGAGAGAGAGGUCAUGUCCAUGCCUUUCCUUUCCAGAAGACAGAUCCAAAAGGCCCGCCUCGUACUCACAAGGGGUUUGUAGAUUAUGCUAAGAUGGCCUAUGAUUCCAAUAGCGUUGUUCGUGGGGUGAAGGGACCUACGUUUCUCAGCAGACUAACAAGCUAUGAUUUGGUCUUGGGCACAGGUAUAGACUACAUGCAUUCUGUACUACUGGGAGUAAUGCGUCUAUUGAUGUUUUUGUGGUUUUCCACAGAGUUCUCUCGAUGUGCAUUCAGUAUGGUCAGAUCAAUCAAAGAAGUUGACAAACGUCUGAAAGAAAUAAGGCCACCAUGUAUGAUUCGAUUCCCUCGCUCUGUCUCUUCUCACAGGAUGUUCUUUAAAGCAUCUGAGUAUCGGUACAUUUUGCUGUUUUUCGGGCCAGUUGUAUUCCGGGGCAUUCUUGCAGGACUGUACUACAACCAUUUCCUGCUCCUUAGUGAAGCAAUCUUUAUUCUUCUGAUGGAGUCAAUAACACCUGCUCAAAUAGAUCAUGCUGAGAAACUUCUCUGGAAUUUCUGUUCUCAAAUGAGUGGACUCUAUGGUGAGCGAUACAUGACAGCCAAUUUGCACUUACUUGUCCAUUUAGCUGAUAGUGUGAGAGCUCUUGGACCUCUGUGGACACACUCUUGCUUUCACUUUGAAGACAAAAAUGGGUACUUGCUCCGUCUUAUACAUGGAACCCAGAAUAUACCUGCCCAAAUGGUAAAUGCUGUAAGGACUAUACAAUCUCUCCCUAGCAUCACACAAAACACAAAGCUGAACAUAGUAACUACUGAGUUUUUGGCCAGAAUGACAAAUAGCAAUAGUUAUCAACCAAGUAAUGUUGUCAAUAGUGUGGCCAUGUUAGGGGCAUCAUUCAAUAGAUGCCUUGAAACUGAUGAUCUUUUUCUUCUGGAACAGUUUCUUGGUCAGGCUUUACAUAGUAAUGUCGUCAAGGCAUAUAACAGAGCUCAAAUAGGGAAAAUAAUUUACACUUCCCAGCAGUAUGUCAAAACCAAAAGACGAAACAAUUACACAGUGUUGUUUUAUGAUGGUGCGCAGAUCAAAUAUGGACAGAUUAAAUUAUUGUGUUCCUACAAAGAACCCAAUGAAGGUCAAAAUGAGAUAAAACUUGCAUUUUUGAAUGAAUUUGCAGUUGCAAGCAUAAAUCUUCUACAAGAUACUUUGACAGGUGGAACGUGUUUCCAUAUUGUUAGCCUCCUGGAAGUUCCUGUGAGAAAGACAGUGGUAGGACUUGAAAGUAUUUUGGGGAAGUUGAUGUUCAUUGAUUUGUCCUCAAUGCCUGGUAUUGUGUUUGCUGCACAUUUCCCUAACAAACUUGAAAGGGACUAAAGAUAUUUUAAAGUCAAAGAUAUGAUCUUAUUUUGAACAGAAGAGCCCAUGAUUUUU